CCAAAAUAUAAAACUUUACACCACAAUAUUCCACAAGUUAAAUACAAAGUGUCCAACCUCAUUACACAAACUUCAACCCUCAUUUCACAACCCCAAAAAGCAACCCCUCUGAGAGAGAGAGAGAGAGCAAAAUCUAGCAAAAGAGGCCAUGGUUCCAUACUCCCAAAUUCUUGAUCAGCUACCCCUAAAUGAGAAUGACUCACAAGACAUGGUCCUAUGCGAGGUCCUAAACGAGGCCAAUGCCCUUUCCACCACCAUCACCACCACCACCACCACCACCCUUACCACCACCACCCCACUUUUCCACCACCCCAGAAACCACCAAACCAACAACAACAACAUUAUUGCCCACAACCUCUUCAUCGACCCGAACCGUGCCAUAGCCAAGAAGCACUACAGGGGUGUCAGGCGACGCCCCUGGGGCAAGUUUGCCGCAGAAAUCCGUGACUCUGCCAGGCACGGCCUGGUCCUAUGCGAGGUCCUAAACGAGGCUAAUGCCCUUUCCACCACCACCACCACCAUUACCACCACCACCCCACUUUUCCACCACCCAAGAAACCACCAAACCAACAACAACAACAUUAUUGCCCACAACCUCUUCAUCGACCCGAACCGUGCCAUAGCCAAGAAGCACUACAGGGGUGUCAGGCGACGCCCCUGGGGCAAGUUUGCCGCAGAAAUCCGUGACUCUGCCAGGCACGGGGCCCGCGUGUGGCUCGGUACCUUCGAGACUGCCGAGGAGGCCGCUUUGGCCUAUGACAGGGCAGCAUUCCGGAUGCGCGGUGCCAAGGCCCUCCUCAACUUCCCUGCCGAGGUAGUCAUGGCCAUGUCAUCAUCAUCAUCAUCAUCGUCGUCGUUGCAAAGAUUUAACAAAAGUUUGAAGAGCUUAGAGAGACAUAAUUCUAUUGCAAGUAGUGGAAGUUGUGAGGAUGAUUCAAUUGGGAUGUCUCAAUCGUCAGUGCAGAGAUUUGAGGCCAACUUGAACUUGAGUUUGAGGAGCUUAGAUCAACAUGUUUCUAAUUCUAGAAUUGGAAGUUGUGAUGAAAUUUCAACUGGAAUGUCUCAAUCCGAAUCUGAGGUUACAACUGUGGGAUCACAUGAUUCGGGCUCGGAUUAUGUCGAAAAUUUGUUGAGGGUUUCUUGAAAAAAUUGUUAAGGAGCCAAGUUGCCACAUAUUUUCAUUUUUUUUUUCCAACUACUAAAUUAUAGAUCGAAAUUUAUGUGUAGAGAUUUUCACAUGACAUAAUUGCUAAGAGUGUAUUGAGAUGAAAAGAACAGAGGUUGUAUAAGAUCUUUGGUCUCACAUUGGGAUGUCUGGAAUGUAACGCUUUUAUAUUUUAGCAAGAGUAGUGCUACUAAUGUUAUACUCCCACAAAAAGAAAUGUACAAAAAUAAUGUAUGAAUCAAAUUUUUUUUUUGGAUA